CAAGUGGGCGUGACCAUUAGGGUAUCGCUAUAUUAGACAUAUAACCCGGUCAUAGUCUCUUCAUUCUACCAAGCCGCAAGACAGUAGUGUCCGUUGUGAGGUCAUCAUGUCUAUCAUAAAGAUCCAUGCCAGAGAAAUCUUUGACUCCCGUGGGAACCCUACUGUAGAGGUUGAUCUAUAUACAAACAAAGGACUGUUUCGUGCUGCAGUUCCCAGUGGAGCCUCUACUGGUAUCUAUGAAGCUCUUGAACUCCGUGACAAUGACAAGACACGCUACUUGGGAAAGGGUGUUUCUAAAGCAGUUGAGCACAUCAAUAAUACAAUUGCACCUGCACUGGUUGGAAAGAAUGUAACCGUUGUGGAACAGGAGAAGAUUGACAAGCUCAUGCUUGAAAUGGAUGGGACAGAAAACAAGUCUCUGGAACUCCUAAAGACUGCUAUUAAUAAGGCUGGCUAUCUUGAUAAGAUUGUCAUAGGCAUGGAUGUGGCUGCCUCUGAAUUCUACCGUGAUGGAAAGUACGAUCUGGACUUCAAAUCCCCAGAUGACCCAAGUAGAUACAUUUCUUCUGACAAGCUUGCUGAUCUGUACCUUAGCUUUGUAAAGGAUUAUCCAGUUGUUUCUAUUGAAGAUCCCUUUGAUCAGGAUGACUGGGCAGGAUGGGCAAAGUUCACAGCCAGUACUAGUAUCCAGGUAGUAGGUGAUGACCUCACUGUGACCAAUCCAAAGCGCAUUGCAAAGGCAGUGGAACAGAAGGCCUGCAACUGUCUCCUUCUGAAAGUUAACCAGAUUGGCACUGUCACAGAAUCUCUGCAGGCGUGUAAGCUUGCUCAGUCAAAUGACUGGGGAGUGAUGGUUAGUCACCGCUCUGGCGAGACAGAAGACACCUUUAUUGCUGACUUGGUCGUGGGACUCUGCACUGGGCAAAUUAAGACUGGUGCACCAUGCAGGUCUGAGCGUCUUGCAAAAUACAAUCAGUUACUCAGGAUUGAGGAGGAGCUUGGCAGCAAAGCUCUGUUUGCUGGCAAGAACUUCAGGAAGCCAGUUUGCAAUUGAGGACCUCUCCAUUUAUGCACUUUUCAAAGCAUAUAGUCGCUGUAAACUUAGAAUGCAGGAAGUAGCUAAAAUUCCUUCACUGCUGAAAUUCACCCCCCAAUAAUUUCUCUAAGACAAAGCUGACCUGGAGCUUCCAUCCCAAUGUUCCUGUUUGGUUCCAGAAGCUGUGUUGCUUUUGAGGAUGAUUCCUCACUCUGUGCCUGCAUGCUUUUCUUAUGUUGUGGAUAUGGUUCUGAUGACUUUAGUCUAAUGUAAACGUCAAAUUAUUACGGUUUCAGGUAAUUAGCUAAUUCAUGUGCAAGCUCCAAAAUAAGAGAUUUGUGACAAUAAAGUCUUAAAUGCGGUU